GAGAGAGAGAGAGAGAGAGAGAGAGAGAGGAGGCGAGUAUGAGAGAGAGCGAGGCAGAGCGAGACUGGAGGAGAGCUCCGUCUCUCCCGGUGCACUUGGCAGUCUUGUUGCGGGCUGCUGUGCUGUUGCUGUCGUGGCGUGGCUGGUCGCGCCGGGCGGGGGAAACUUCACCACACUGGAGCCCGGAGUCCCACUCUCUCACCUGCGCAGUUCGGAGCUGCCAUGGGUCUCUCGCCUGGAUUUACUGUCCUAAUCAUUCUAUCGGCCUUUCUGCUGCACAUCCGCGGCCUUUACAUCGCCAGUAGCGUUGACUCCCUGCAGCAUGCCCUGGGGGAGUAUGGACUGGUGAGGCCAAUGAGUGUGGAUGCAGAGGGCCACUUCCUGUCACACGCUGUCUCGGCAGGCCGUGUGGCAGGAGGGCAGCCCCGUAGGCGCCAGAAGAGGGAGGUAGGAGGAGGCAAUGAAGAGUGGGAAGAACCGAGAGGAGUCAACGAGGACCGUGAGCCGGCGGCCCGCCAGGAAAGGCUCUACUACAACGUCACCGUCUUUGGCCGGGAGUUCCACCUACGCCUGCGCCAUAAUGCCAAGCUGGUGGCCCCCGGAGCCAAGAUGGAGUGGCGCGACGACAACGAUAGCACACGGCACUUUGAAACACUGCAGGACGACUGCUUGUAUGUGGGUGACAUCACUGACACGCCAGGAGCCACUGUGGCGAUCAGCAACUGUGAUGGCCUGGCUGGUAUGAUCAGGACGGAGCAAGACGAGUACUUUAUUGAGCCUGCAGAAAGAGGCAACAGAGUGAUUGAGGAGGAGGUGGCAGGAGGAGGAAGGACGCACGUCGUCUAUCGCUCUUCAGCCAUAAAGAAGGUGGCCAUCGACAGCACAGCGGGAGACUCCCUCUUCAGAGGUGCUGACAUUGGUGGUCUUAUGGAUCUGGAAUCUCUCUACCAAGGCGUGGAACAGAGCAUCAACAACACCCGAGCAGGACGCUCUCGCAGACAGAGCAUGGACCGCGCCUACAACAUUGAGGUUCUGCUGGGUGUUGAUGACUCUGUGGUCCAGUUUCAUGGGAAGGAGCAUGUCCAAAAGUAUCUACUGACGCUCAUGAACAUAGUGAAUGAAAUCUACCAUGACCAAUCUCUGGGAGCGAAAAUCAAUGUGGUGCUGGUGCGGAUUAUCAUGUUGGGCUAUGGAAAGUCCAUGAGUCUAAUUGAGUUGGGGAACCCAUCCCAGAGUCUGGAGAAUGUGUGUCGUUGGGCCUUUCUGCAGCAGAAGCAGGACACUGGGGACGCCGAGUAUCACGACCAUGCUAUUUUCCUCACGCGACAGGAAUUUGGACCCACAGGCAUGCAGGGUUAUGCCCCGGUGACGGGAAUGUGCCAUCCUGUAAGAAGCUGCACUUUAAACCACGAGGACGGUUUCUCCUCUGCCUUUGUGGUAGCACAUGAGACCGGACAUGUGCUGGGGAUGGAGCAUGAUGGUCAGGGAAAUCGGUGUGCAGAUGAGGUGCACAUGGGGAGCAUCAUGGCUCCGCUGGUUCAAGCUGCCUUCCACCGUUUUCAGUGGUCCAGGUGUAGCAUGCAAGAGCUGGGCCGCUACCUCCAUUCCUAUGACUGUCUCCGUGAUGACCCGUUUGACCACAACUGGCCGUCGCUGCCACAGCUUCCUGGUUUACACUACUCGAUGAAUGAACAGUGCCGCUUCGACUUCGGUGUGGGCUACACCAUGUGUACUGCGUAUCGCACCUUCGACCCGUGUAAGCAGCUCUGGUGCAGCCACCCAGACAAUCCCUUCUUCUGCAAGACCAAGAAAGGACCGCCCAUUGAUGGCACUAUGUGUGGAAACGGGAAGCAUUGUUUCAAAGGUCACUGCAUCUGGCUGACACCUGACAUCAUCAAGCAAGAUGGAAACUGGGGCUCGUGGAGCGAAUUUGGACAGUGCUCCCGCACAUGUGGUGGCGGAGUUCAGUUCCGCACACGAGACUGCGACAAUCCAAGACCAGCCAACGGAGGCCGGACCUGCGUGGGGGCGACGUACCAGUUCCAGAUGUGCAACACCGACGAGUGCGAGGACAUCUACAGUGACACGCGGGAGGAGCAGUGUCACGCUUGGGACCCUCACUUUGAAGAACCCAGCAAUAAGCACUGGCUGCCCUAUGAACACCCAGACGCUAAUAAACGCUGCCAUCUGCACUGCCAGUCCAGGGAAACCCGGGAUGUGGUCUUCAUGCAGCACAUGGUCCUAGACGGCACGCGUUGCUCGUACAAGGACCCGCACAGCGUGUGUGUGCGCGGGGAGUGCGAGAAGGUGGGCUGCGACGGUGUGGUGGGCUCCUCCAAGCAGGAUGACAAGUGUGGCGUCUGUGGCGGGGACAGCUCCAGCUGCAAAACCUUCAAGGACACAAUCACCCGCACAGUCAAGAAGCAAGGUUUCCUCAAACUUCUUGAAAUUCCCAGAGGGGCACGACACUUGCUGAUCCAAGAGCUGAAAUCUACCUUGCACACAUUUGCUAUAAAGAAUGUGGCUUCAGGACUGUUUUUCAUAAACGGGGAAAAUGAAUACCCGGAAUCAAGAUCGGUGAUAGAAAAGGGGGUAGAGUGGGAAUAUGAAAAUGACAAAGACAAGGAGACCCUUCAAACUACAGGCCCUCUCAGACAUGGAAUUCUGAUCAUGGUGAAAUUACAUGGUAACGAGGAUGUGAAUUUGUCCUAUAAGUACAUGAUGAACAUGGACAGCGAUUCCGCCAUUCAAAACAACAUUCUGGUGGAGGACAGCGCCUACGAGUGGGCCCCGAAGAGAUUGUCCUCCUGCUCCAAGCCCUGUGGGGGAGGGAAACAAUACCUGCGAUACGGCUGCAGAAGAAAAGUAGACAGCAAGAUGGUUCACAAGAGCUUCUGUAACAAGUCCAACAUGAAACCUCGAGGGGACACGCGAGAUUGUAACCAGAAGCCCUGCCCUCCACCCAUCUGGGUGGCAGGGGAAUGGCAGAACUGCAGCAAGCCAUGUGGAAAGACCGGGCUGCAAAUCCGUUUGGUCAGCUGCGUCCAACCGUCGUACGACAACACAACUAGAAGCAUCCAUAAUAAAUAUUGCAACGAUGACCGUCCGGAGUCCCGCAGGUCCUGCAACCGGCACGCCUGUCCGACCCAGUGGAGAGUCGGACCCUGGUCCCAGUGCUCGGUGACCUGCGGUAAUGGUACUCAGCUGAGGCAGGCUGUGUGCCACACCAGGGACAACACCAUCGGCCUGUGUCUGGACAGUAAACCCGACACCAUCAAAAUGUGUCGCAUGGAUCCAUGUCCAAAGGGCUCCUCAGACCUCAACAAGAACGGCAACAUCCUGAUCCAGUGGCUGUCCCGCCCCAGCACCAACUACCGCAAGAGCUCCUCACGUCACCGUUGUCGUGGAGACCACUCGGUGUUCUGCCGCAUGGAGGUGUUGAACCGCUACUGCUCUCUACCAGACUUUCAGCGUCUAUGCUGCAAGACCUGCAGCAAUAUCACAGUCACAGAGUCGGGAAAAAACUCCACAUCGAUCCCCAUCACCUCCACACGUUCUCCAGUCACGGCUCAGCCGCUCACUAGCCUCACGUCUCUGUUUGCCUCCACCACCCGCUCCACUAAAGUGGUUGUCACUGUCAUUCCGGAUGCCACCACCAACUCCAGCCCCGUGACUCAUCCUCCUACAUUCAUGACCCCAAUGCAUCGUUCCACCUUGAGCUCAAGUGGUAUCACAGAAUUGAUCACCACCCAGCCGAAAGAAGCCACCCCAUCCCCUGUCACUCGUCUCAGCUUGUCCGAGGCAGGAACAACAGUUGUUACAGACCUUCCCGGGGUUACUGCGGAACCCCUUCCUGUGUCUGCCCCAGAAACAGACAAGAGUUUCAAUCCAAUACCAUUGAGCACAUCAUCUAAUCCAAGUCUUAUAACUACCACAGGUUCUCCCAAAAUAAUAACUCCAACCAUCGGUUUAAGAAAAAACGCUACUAAAAAAACACUGGUAUCCAAGCUUAAAAAGGACAUUAUUCCAAAGAAAAAGGCUCCGAAAAUGAAUCCACCAAAAAAGAAGAUUACACAAAAGAAUACUGCCAAAACAUUUGCUACACCAAAGGUAAAUCCCAAAACAAAGACAAACGCUACACCGAAAAAGAGUACACCAACCAACAAAAACACUACACAAGCUAACAUUGCUACCAAAAAGAUGACCACUGGCAACAAAAGUCCCCAAAAAGGUAGAGCAGCAAAUAUCAUUGCCAAACAGAAAACCCCAGGAAACACAACUCCGAAAAAGACCCAAACAACCAUCAAACCAAUUUCCAAAAAGAUUCCCAUUGUCAAGACAACAUCCAAAAAGACACCACCCAAAACAACUCCCAAAAAGACAACCCUGAUCAAAACAACCCCCCAAAAGACGACACCACUCAAAACAACUCCCAAAAAGACUCCCCCGGUCAAAGCAACCCCCCAGAAGACUCUCCCAGUGAAAACAGCUCCCAAAAAGACUACCCAAGUCAAAACAACUCCCAAAAAGACGACCACUGCCAAAACCGCUCCCAAAAACAUUCGAUCUACCAGUGUGACUCCUGAAAUGAUUAAACCAGCUAUGACAACCCCGGAAAAGAUGAUGCCACCUCACACCCCGCCCAAGUUUUUUCUAAAGACAACCCCAGAAAAGUCUAACCCGGUUAAUUGGCCUCCAGAGAAAGAAAACAAGCCCACUGGCAAAACCAAGAAAUUUCUCCCCAAGAGCUCUUCUUAUUCUAAUUCACCUGCAACAAGAACUUCAUAUCCCACAUCAUGGGCCACUCGAUCCACAAGCCCAGCGCCAACGAGAGAAUAUGUCUCUUCCACUCCUCCGUCAACCACUAGUGUCUAUAGUACAGCUGCAGUUCUCCCUUUACCUGACUCGAGAGUCAACAUCACAUAUGUCACAAAAAACUCACUGACAGUAGAUGAAGAGCUUCUGCUUCCCGACGACAACGGAACCACAACUCGUGGACAUUUUGAAGACGUCACAAUGCCCAGCGGAAACAUGGCGUACACAGAUGUCACCGUAAUCACCGGUGGGGGUGUCGAUGCCAAUAGUGGAGCCGUCCUGAGCGGCGACGCCACGGUGCCAGACGAUGGCUUGACUGCGAUGAUACCGACCGUCAAAAAUGAGGAUGUGACAGCUUUGGCUUCCACACCCUGGAUCAACCUUUCCGAGUAUACCCCUUUGAGUAGCUCUGUCGCCGUGACAACACCAGACCCCACCAUCUCCCUUCCCGGCACAACUUUCAGGCCUCAGCAGAACUCAGAGAACAACCUCAUCGACGUCCUAUACAACAGGAUUGCUAGUGUGGACAGCAACAUCUCCCAGAACAACCUGAUCCCAAAGCGUCGUGUCAAUUUCCGGGAAAAGACCAGGAACAAACGCAUUCAGGAGCUUCUGGAGGAGAAGCGAAACCAUCUCCUCAGGAUGAAGAGAGGCCAUGCGGAGGAGUAGAGCGCAGCAUGUCAGGUCUCUUAUAGAGACGAAUGCCUUUAUAGACUGAACUGUAGUAAGACCCUUUAUCGGGGCUUAAAACCACAAACCUUCGGAUCUUAUCAAACAAGACUAGCGCAAAUCGACAGGGGGGAAAAAAAGCAAUUCAAAAACUGGAGCAGAAAUAAACAUCUAGUUGAAAUAGCACUUUAGAAAACCAUACUUGCUACUCCUCCAAAUCAUCCACAAUCGUGUGCAAUCAUUAUGGAAGAGAAUUGUCGUCAUAUUGGUACUUUUGAAACUUACGAGGCGACAAAGUACAACCUGGAAUCCAAAUGUACAACAUUUUUGAUAUUAUGACAACCUUCCUGUCGAUAAUAUCUCAUGGUAACACAAAUAUGAGCUACUGUGGCACAUCAACAGUAUGUGUCUACUCCAAGGACAUGUACAACUACAAUGGGAAUACAGAGUAUGCACUACUCACAAAAAGAGAGGAAUGCAAUUUCACCAUAAAGCGGAAUAUCCAAAACUUUUUGGGAGUAGCGCAUACAUCCAGACAUUCUAGAAAAUGCUGCACAAACACAAACUCACCUUUCCCGUUACUUCAUUUGAAACUAGCUCGCUUAAUGUUGCCUUUUCCAGAAUUGCACACAGGUACGUUUCUCAUUUCUCAGGUAGUUAACAUAUGGUGCUUCCUACUUACAUAUAAUCAAGCAGUUGCUGAAAAUUAAAGGGGACAAAUCAAGGACAACUAUUUUUUAUUUUUUAUUCUUGUAUACACAUAGUCUGAGUUUAGCGAUUUGAAGCAUGUCAGAGACAUUUUAUUAAGACUCAUUGAAAUUGUUUUAGACUAUAAAAAUGCACAAGAAGGCUCAAAAAAGAGGAUUAGUAAAGUAUUUGAACUCUCAAAGGCAGCAGUUUAUACGCUAAACUGUAUUAACAAAUUCAAAUGUUACACUAGUCUGUGCAUGUCACAAAAGAUAAUGCAGCUCUGGUUACUACGGCUUAGAUGGGAUAUAAUUCAACCUGAAAAAGCGGUUCAAGAAUCACAAUUUUUGGGAUUUGAAGCAUAACGGAUCUGAGAGCUGGCUCGUAAGGGGCCCGCUUUGCCACCCUCUGCUGGCAUUUUAGUGUAAUUGACUCUUGCUCCUGAUUUGAUUGCGUGACACCACAGUGCAUGGAGUUUUCUAAAAGGGGUGUUAGUGUUACACAAUAUUACAAUCUUACUCCAAUUCUCAUCCCAUGUCCUCUCGCUGUUUGUGCCAAGGAAGAGCAUUUGCAUGUGAGUUCUACUCUGCUUUGCUCAUAUCACAAGUAGCGCAUUUUGCCGUUGUGGGUCGCUGUGCAUUUUUCAUCAGUUGGACUCGACAUCUUUUAAAUUCGGGAUAGUGUGGGGAGUAAUGGUCGGAUUUUGUUCUGAAGAUAAUUUGUUUCUAAUGGUGAGUCCAAGCCCUCCUUCUUCCCUUGCACAAAGCCACCUCAGGCUAAUAUACGACAUCCCACAAAAAGCGAGGAACUCCACUGCACUUGCCCCGCAAUCGCAAUACUUGUAGCGGUGUGGAGAGAACUCAUCUGAUUGUUUGACUGUGCGCUCUUCGUCCAAAGAGAACGCUUGUAGCGCUGUUAGCAAACCCGGUCUGUGCUAAUACUGCAGAUUUGCUUAUCCUUUGGCUUUGAAAUUGGCUCGAAAGUGGCUUGCCUAGCCUUCAAGUCAUUGGCAAAGAACAUUUGGAAUUUGUAAAUUAGCACCACUGUUACACAUUUUCUGAAAUACAUGGAAAAACUUUUAAAAACAUGAUGGAUGGGCUUAAACUCCAGAGACUCAACUAUUUCUAUACAAAUAUUAAAAAUUCAAUUUUCCAUGGACUCUUUCAGUCAUGAGGUGUAAAAAUAGCAUGUGACAUGUUUAAUUUUUUUUUUUCAUCUUGUUCAGCCAGUUAUGAUAUGUUAUGGUCAGUGGUGUUAAAAGUGUUGUUCCUGGUUCAUUAUUUUCUGUACAGAAAAAUAGAGAUAAUAUAACAAUUUCAUUUUUUAAAAGUGUUUUUGUCUGCUUGUCUCCAAGGAAGCUUUGAGGACUGCUUUGAAUUUCUGCUUUCAAAGUGAAAUUAUUCAUAUAUUUCUAACUGGAACCCACCUCUAAAGUGCCGACAGAUUUUUCUGUGCAUUAUCUGUACAGAUAAAAAAAACAAACUUAAUGUUUAAUAUUUAUUAAAGUUUAAAUGCUUGUGGCAUUUCACAAUG